GGUUCUCUACUCUGUGAUCUACAGGUAAGAUUACCAUGCCACAUCAAUUUCCAUUUGGAUUCUUUAAAUUCCCGAAAUUGUCAAAAAACGUUUUUUUCCCUCUUCCAAUGCAUCUCAUCCCAAUUUCUUGAAACCAAGAGCUCUGUCGGAAUCAAUCCUCUUAACCUACUCUCUCAAUAUAAGGAAGUUUAUUCAUACGCAGGUGAGGUUUCAAACAGGAAUUUUAGAGCUCUUUUGGGAAGCCUACCUCUGGAGUCUGGAGGGAAGCUGCUGCGCGGAUAAGUCUGGCCAACGCUCCAGUUAUAUCUCCUCACUCCUCAGACCUGGUGUGGGUUCCAGCAGGAGCGGGCCUCCAUUCUUCAUUUUUCUAUCUUUCUUCAUCCAACUGGGCUUGGUCGCUGGUUUGGCGGCUUCCUAUUGAUUACGGCUAACUCUUAAUCCAGUCAUUUGGGAUGUGAUCCUUGUUUCUCAAUAAGUGUGUAACCUCAAUUAUGAGAACAUCGAACAUGUGAGCUUUUUUAUUGAAUUUUAAAAUCUGUAUAUAUAAAAGACUAAAAGAACAAUAGCAUUGGUAGAGAACAGGGACCUGAGUAAGGAGUGGAUCUGUUCUUGGGGCUUCACCUGAGGAUUUUCAGCCAACCCAUUCUUUGAAAUGGCCAAAUUCAAUUGCUUCUGUUUGCAGACUGCGAGGAAGAAGAAAGACAAGGGAGUCGGGGAAUCUUUGAAAUCUCCUAAUGAUAAUGAGAGGCCUAAAAGCCUGCAAGUGAAGCUAGAACAUCCUGUGAAAUCAAUAGAAAGCAAUGAGUUGAAUUCAACUACUUUCAGUGUCAUGGUACCAUUUGCAAUAAAAGGGAAUUCAAAAUGCCAGGUUAAGGUAAUGAGCCAUGAGAGUCCUGUUGCAGGUGAUGCAUCAGAUGUAGCGUAUGAAGGGGAAGACGAACACGAAGAGAACCCAUCAGCCAAGAGGGAAUACUCUUUCGAUCUCCGAGCUAAUAUCGCUACAGCAGGUGAAGCCAAGCUUCAAUCACGUAAAGGAAAGAUGAAUUUUUCAGAUUCAUUUAACACUGAGGUGAUUGGCCGUUUUGAGAACAGGACUAUUAAAGAUGCUGAAAAGAGUGUUGAUCUGAUCCAAAGUGGACAUAUCAGCGACCCAGGGAUUGGGAAGGAAGAGUUCUGGGCUUCACCAAAGCUUAAGCGAUCCUGCUCUAAUCUGGAAUCAAGGGAUGUGCUCAAGAAGAUAACUCAUCAGUUGCCUCCUUCAAAGUCGGGGUCUUUUGAAAAAUUAGACGACUUGGCAGGAAGGGAGGAAAGGGACAGGUUUCCGAAGGUUCCUGGCAGCCCAAGCUCUGUAAUGACUCAUUACAGUGCUGAUAGAGUGAUGCUGAAGAAGCAUUCCUCAAGCCAAGUUCUUCCCUCCAGGAGUAGAAGAUUGUGGUGGAAAUUGUUCCUUUGGAGCCACAGGAACUUGCAUAAACGCUCGAUGACAAAACCCCGACCACUUCCAACCAGCCCUGCUUUCAACCAGCAAGGAGGGUACUCUUCGGAUACACUUGAACCUAACCGAGCUACACAACUAGGGAAGCUAGAAUCACCCAGCUCAUUCACUAGAGAAACUCGGAACAAAGGCUGUAUCAACAAUCAGAAUGACACAUGUUGGGGUGAUUUUCAUAGCAGAGCUCCCGCUUUAUGGCCCCAGAACCAGUGGGUUGCUUUUUCAACAGAAUCCUCAUCCUUCAGGAGAGUGGAGGAGUGGGUCAAAGAUCUUGAUAUCCAAUCAGCACUUCCGGCUGAGGAUAGCAACAACAGUGAUGAGGGUAUUGCCUUUCCACCUUCUUCUGAGAUAAGUAGAUCUCCAGCACGAAGCACAACCCAUUUCACUCAACAACAGAACAUCAAACUUUCAGAGGAGGUUUUGCAUGCUAAUAGUGUUGUCCAGUCUCUCAACACUUCCUCAAGUGUGGCUCAUAUCUCGGGCAUUGGACUGAAAGUAAUCCCCAUCAUUUCACGCUUCUCCAGUCUUCGAUCAGUCAACUUAUCAAGCAAUUUCAUAGUUCACAUUACACCUGGAUCCCUGCCGAAGGGCCUUCACACCCUCGAUUUGUCCAGAAACAAGAUCAGCACCAUUGAAGGACUAAGAGAAUUAACCAGACUGCGUGUACUUGAUCUCAGUUACAACCGGAUCUGUCGAAUUGGGCAUGGGUUGUCAAACUGUACAUUGAUCAAAGAGCUCUAUCUUUCUGGAAACAAGAUUAGCGAUGUUGAAGGUCUACAUCGGCUCUUGAAGCUCACAGUGUUGGACCUGAGCUUCAACAAGAUAGCAACAACAAAAGCUCUAGGACAACUUGUCGCCAACUACAACUCCUUGCUAGCACUAAAUCUGUUGGGAAGUCCAAUCCAAAGCAAUAUAAGCGAUGACCAGCUGCGGAAGACAGUUUGUAGUCUCCUACCCAAGCUAGCUUAUCUGAAUAAGCAGCCCAUCAAACCACAGAGGGCACAAGAACUACUCAUGGACAAUGUUGCUAGAGCUGCACUCGGGAACAGUGGGUCAAGCUCCCGCAGGAAAACAGCGAAGAGGAUGAGCCAAAGUGGAUUCUUCUCCUCCAGUGUGCAUAGAAGCAGUAUGCAUGCCGGGCACAAAAGCAGAAGCAGGUCAAAGACUCGAAGCCACCACCACUCCCUGCAAAUUAGUUCAUCUGCACUUCCUUCUUCAUCUCAUUAGAUGUUUUCACCAUUUCAAAGUGUUUUUAGAUACCAUUGUCGCCUUAAAGUUUAUUGCAAGCAGCCGGGCUUAAUGUUCAAUUUGAGUUCGCAUUUGCACAGUGCAAACAAUAUGUGGUUUAACUUUUGUCA